AUGUCCUAUGCUGAGAUCACUGUAAAAUUGGGCAGAGUUACUUUUGGAGAAGAGAACAGGAAGAAGAUGACCAAUAGUUGUUUGAAAAGACGUGAGAAUUCGAAUGUCAUCCAGGCCAUAUGUGCACUGCUGAAUUCUGGAGGGGGUGUGAUUAAAGCAGAGAUUGAUGAUGAAAAGUACAGUUACCAAGACCACGGGCUGGGCCACGAUUUGGAAACUUCCUUUCAAAAGCUCCUUCCUUCAGGUUCACAUAAGCACCUUGACUGUAUGCAGCAGGGGCGCACACUUCUGAUUUUUGUGAGGUCGUGGAAUCCCGAUGUCUCUAGUUUCCCAUUGAGAAUUUGCAGCUUGCACUCCAACUUAUACCAAAGGGAUGUGACCUCUGCUAUCAACCUGAGUCCCAGAAAUGCUCUGGAGCUUCUCAUAGAGAAGGCUUCUAGACCCCAAAGAGGCAGCACAAGACUGUGCCCACAGGAAGCUCUCAACAGACCCACCCAGGAGGAGGAAGAUAUUAAGAGGUGUGCCUCAGAAUUUUUUGAAAAGGUUAAACUCAAUUUUAAGGAGAAGCUUAAUUUUACAGAGUCAACACAUGUCGAGUUUAAAAGGUUCACCUCCAAAAAGAUUGUCCCUCGGAUUAGAGAGACACUGCCUCAUUAUGUUUCCGCAUUUGCCAACACUCAAGGGGGCUAUAUAAUUAUUGGGGUUGAUGAUAAGAGCAAAGAAGUGUUUGGAUGUAAGAAAGAAAAAGUGGACCCCGAUUUACUGGAGAAAGAAAUAAAAAAGUGCAUUAAAAAGCUGCCCACAUUUCACUUCUGUCACAAGGCACCCACAGUGACUUUCACAACCAAAAUUUUGACGGUGUAUCAUAUAGAUGACCCGUAUGGUUAUGUCUGCAUGGUUCGGGUGGAGCCCUUCUGCUGUGUCGUGUUUGCAGAAGACCCAGAUUCCUGGAUCAUUAAGAACAUGGUUGUCACGAGGCUGACGGCUAAAGAGUGGGUAGACAUGAUGAUGAAUAUUCAGCCAGAUCCUUCCAGUUUGGCUGCCAGCCUCAGUGCUCACCCGAUUCCAUCAGCUUCAUCAGGACUAAGAAGCCCAGCAUAUCUCACAAAAGUUCAGGAAUUUAAGAAGACUCUGCAGCAACAUUUUUUUCCAGUGACGCAGGAAAACCUACAAUUUAAGCCAGAAUCCCUCUGUAAGAAGCUUUUCUCGGAUCAUAUAGGACUGGAGGAAUUAAUGAAGACCCAGACAGGUCCAUGUUCUCAGGGGUUUGUGAUAUUUUCCAGAAGCUGGGCUGCUAAUAUUGGUUUAACAGAAGAACAGAAUGUCUUGUGUGAUGCUCUCCUGAUAGCAGUUAAUAGCCCCCCGGUACUCUAUUCAAUCUUAAUGGAUACCAGCUGGGAUGGAAGCUCUGCAUAUGCUCACAACACUGCUCUUCAGUUAAAGCAGAAGCUACAAACUGUUGGUGGCUAUACAGGGAAGGUCUGUGUCAUUCCAAGGCUGCUCUACCUGACCAGCAGAGAGUGCGGAGCCGAUGAGUUCCCUGUGUACCCCCGAUGCUACACACUGGCCAAUGGGGCUGAAGUGGAGGAUUUGCUGCAGGCCCUUGUGGUGGUCUCCCUGGGUUUCAGAUCUCUUCUGAGUGAUCAGCUGGGCUGUGAGUUUUUCAACCUUCUUAUAGAAGAGCAAUUUGAGUCACUUUCCAAGAGUCUUCAGGAAACCCGGGAACUCUUCAUCUAUUGCCUUCCAGGUACCAGGAAGACAGCUCUAGCCAUAAAGAUCACGGAGAGAAUUAGGGAUGUGUUCCAUUGCAAACCAGAAGAGAUCCUCUAUGUUUGUGAAAAUGACUCCCUAAGGAAUUUUGUGAUCCAGCAAAUCACCUGCCACACUGUGACCCAGAAGACCUUUAUGCAAGAGGAGUUCCCAAAGAUUAAGCACAUAGUGAUGGGUGACACUGAGAAUUUCUGCAGUGAAUACACCGAUUGGUACAGGAAGGCCAAGAGCAUCACCCAUCCAACAGUGAAAGGGGCUGGAAGUGAAAACCUUCAUCGUGGAAUUCUCUGGAUGUUUCUGGACCCUUUCCAAGUCCGUCAUGCAGAUGCUAAUAGCCUCCCUCCUCCUUGUGCUCAGUUUCCUCGAAAAAUGAUCACCCAUGAGAUCUAUUGUGCUCUGGAAAUAGCAAAGAUCAUGAAAGAAGAAAUGAAGAGGAUCCAGGAAAACCCUCCCUCCAACAUGUCUCCAGACCUGUUGGCAAUGUUCCAGGAUGCCACCUAUGAGAAAGCAAUGUGUGCCCAGGCUCUGCCAGGUGUGUGUGAGAUCGAGAUUAACCUGACAAUGGAACAAAUAACCAACCAUGUGGCAGAACGAUGUCACAGCCUUUUCCACUGUGGCUAUCUGCCCAAAGAUGUAGCAGUUCUGUGCAGGAGAGAGGAGGACAGAGAACGGUAUAAGGACGCAUUGCUAAGAGCAAUGGCUAAGGAAGCAAAAGAGCUAAUGUUCAGCCGUGCUGAUGGUGUAUGUAGCAGCAACGUCAUUUUAGACAGUGUUCAGCAGUUUUCAGGCAUGGAGAGGAACAUCGUGUUUGGGCUUAGUCCAGAAUGUGCCCAGUCCGAGGAAUUUCAUAAACUCUGCUUUGCCUCAAAAGCCAUUAAGCACCUCUACCUGCUUUAUGAAAAGAGGUGA